GAGUUCUAAUGGCUAACGUUUGUCCUCGAUCAUGCCUAUCUUCUUCUUCUUCUUCUUCUAUUCUUCAGAAAUACAAAUAUUCACUGUAUGGAUGAAAUCUCUCGUGUUGAAUGGGAACGGAUGCACUAUCUAUGAUUCUUAUGGCCGGAUAGUCUAUCGUGUUUAUAAGUAUGCUUGCAAGUCCAGCACUGAGGUGUACCUCAUGGAUGAUAGAGGCAGGACAUUGACAAAAAUACUUAGAAAGAAACUGAGAAUUUUCAGACAGUGGGAAGGGUUCCAAGGUGAUGGAUUGAUAGUAGAAAAGCAAGAGCCCUGGUUUAGAGUUCGAAAAACCCGCAGGUAUUUUAAUAGAGGUCAGAAUUUUGCUGCCGAAGUUACAGACAUAAUAAUAAAACUCGCUAUAAGAUCCUUGGUUCACCAAGCAAGAGUGACUACAGUCAAGAGGAAGCUCACAAGCCAUGGUGUUGCACUUGGAGAGGAUGUGAUAACACUAAUUGUGGAGCCUAAUCAUGAUCGGCUGCUGGUUACUGGACUAGUGAUUGUUUGUGGACUCAUCAACCGCAGAAUGUGAUCCCACAUAUGUUAGCAGUAGGGGUGGUAAACGAUGGAAUCGAAUACCAAGGUGUUCGUAUUUGUAUUUGCUUAAAAUUAGCGAAUUCGAUUGCGGACUCUAAUA